CAUAUAAUUGUGGGUGUGUAUUCAGCUAAUAGGAAAUUAAUAGUAAUAGUAAUUACGCAAUCAAGAUCUAGCACAAGUGGUUGAUGCGUAUGUGAGUGUUAUAAACCUCGAUUAUCGUAUUCGAUUCAUACAAGAAAGAAUAUGGAGUGGCAAAAAUAUUAUAUGGAUAUGCUACUUGUACCAUGCGGGUUUCUCAUUCUUGUUUUCUAUCAUUAUUGGUUAUGGCAUAUGACUCGAUCACAGCCAUACACUACAACUUUUGGAAGAGAUGCAGAUGGUCGAAGAUUUUGGGUUCCUACCAUGAUGAAGGAUAUUGACAACAAAAACUUGGUUGCAGUCCAAAGUCUACGUAACUUAAUAAUGGGAACAACCCUAAUGUCAACAACAUCCAUUCUCCUAUGUGCUGGUUUAGGAGCAAUUAUAAGUAGCACUUAUAGUGUUAAAAAACCAAUCAAAGAAUCAGUUUUUGGAGCACAUGGUGAAUUUGUUGUGGUACUAAAAUUUGCCAUAGUACUUACAAUGCUAUCAUUCUCAUUUAUUUGUCACACUCUAUCUGCAGCAUUUAUCAAUCAAGUGAAUAUGUUAAUAUCAACUCCACAAAGUGUUAAGUCUAUGGUAACACCAGAAUAUUUAACCCAACAUCUUGGAAAGGCUAUGUUAUUGAAUGUUGUUGGAAUUAGGCUUUUCUAUACAGCAAUUACACUUCAACUUUGGAUAUUUGGGCCAUUGUUACCUUUCCUCUCUUCAAUGUUAAUGGUUUGUAUACUUUACAAUCUUGACUUUGUUGGUGGGGACCGCCCUAGGAAUGUUGAAAUGGAGUUUAUUGGGAAUGAUCCUUGAUAGAUAUUACUAAAUAAAAUUAAGUUAUAGAAGAAAUUUUAGAAAAGAAAAAUAUGAAAUUCUUACUUUUAUGUUAAGCGAAAUUCAAAACAAAUUUAAUAAUUUUUCCAUUUCUAAUUAGAGUGGUUAAUCCUAUUUUUUUAACAGUGAUAUUGAAAUGUUUAAUUCCUAUUUCUUAUA